CGCCAUGUACUUGCCAUUACACAGGACAGCGUGAAAAUUAUUGAUCGAUUUUAUACAGUCUCCAUUGUUCAUUUCAAUGCGGAGGCUGCAGAUGGUUGCAUCUACAGUCUCCGCAUUCAACACUCCUUCUUACAGACACCAUUGAGAAUAUGA